AUGACUACAGGGUCCGACUUGUUUGACUCCAAAGACCGUGCUCUUUAUAUCACUGAACCCUGCCUUAAUCACCACACAGACAGCACUACACCUUCUACACAGACACAAGAGAAGACAGAAGGGCCAACGCCCACUCCUUCCCUAGCCCAGCCAGGGGUAGCAGUCACCUUUGCUGACUUUCAGGACUCAGAUCUCUAUGCAGCUGUGAUGCCUAAUCCAUCACCAGCUCCCACGGAGAGUGAUGAUGAUUGGCUCCCUAACAUCCAGGAGCUCCUAACGUCCUGCGAGUACGUGGUCCGCCCUCUUCCUCGGGAGGCAGGGGCUGGAGCAGCUCCUGAGAUUUCUCAAAGAAGCAUCUACCUAAUCUACCCCGACUGCCCCAGCCCCAGUGAUUUAUCAGAUCCCAAGGUCUUGGAAGCUGCUACUGAGUCUCUUGCAAAAUACAACUGUGAGAGCACCUUGAAGCAGUAUUCUCUGGUCAAAGUCACCAAGGCGUCUACCCAGGUGAGACGGAACGCCCCUGGCGGUUAUGCCAACACAACCACAGAGCUAGACAAGAAACAGACUCGGCAAAAAUUCUGCUCAGACUUCCAUCUGCUGAUGCCCGGCUAUACCAAAGCUGCCAGACAUCCUGCUCCCAGGCUGCUAUCAAGUUUGAGCCAGGAGUCCUUCUCACAGGAAAUUGGCUGCGAUGAUGAGGAUGUAUUUAAGGCUGUGGAUGCUGCGCUGAAGGAAUAUAAUGAUGAAAACCAAAGUGGCAACCAGUUUGUAUUGCACCGUAUAAGUAAUAUCAUCAAGAUGGGUGGCAUAGAUCCAUUUUAUUCCUUCAAGUACCAAGUCAAGGAGGGUGAUUGUCCUGUUCAAAGUGGCAAAUCCUGGCAGGACUGUGACUAUAAACAAUCUGCGGAUGCUGCCACAGGAGAAUGCACAGCCAUCGUGGGAAAAAAUAAUAGGACAUUCACUGUAGCUACCCAGACCUGCCAGAUCACUCCAGUGGGGGGACCUGCACUGAUUUCCCAGCACAUCUGCAGUGGUUGCAUGUACCCCAUAUCAACAGAGGACUCCAGCGUAAAAGAAAUCCUGAAGCAUGCUAUUUCACACUUUAACAACCACAGUGCUCAUUCUCACCUCUUUGAUCUUGGAAAAGCAAAACAUGCUUAUAAACAGGUGGUAGCUGGAUGGAACUUUGAUGUUUCCUACUCAAUUCUGCAAACAAAUUGUUCCAAGGCAGACUUUCCAUUAUUAACUCCAGACUGCCAGAUCCUUUCCAAUGGCGAUAUCGGUGAAUGCACAGAUAAAGCAUCCAUGGACCUUUCGCAGAGAAUUAUUUCCCUCAUACAGAAGUGUGAGACUUCUCCAGCGGUGAAUUUUCCUCCCGAGGUGUGUGCAGGCUGUCCCACAGAGAUCUCUGCAAACAGCCCAGAAUUGAAAGAGGUUCUGAAUCUUUCCAUCAAAAAGCUGAAUGCAGAAAAUAAUGGAACUUUCUAUUUCAAGAUUGACAAUGUGAAAAAAGCCACAGUUCAGGUGGUGGCUGGAUUGAUCUACAGAAUAGAAUUCACGGUCAGGGAAACCACAUGUUCCAAGGAAAGUAAUACAGAGUUCACCAGUAGUUGUGAGACCAAAGAACCAGGGCAAGCUCUAAUCUGUAAUUCUAAUGUUUACAUGAUACCUUGGAUGAACGAAACCACAACAACUGUCAAGUGUGAUCCAAACACAGAGAUUAAGUUGAUGAAAAGGCCUCCAGGUUUUUCACCUUUUCGAUUGUCAGUGAUGACGGAUGAAAGAAAAGAAACAACUGGGCUCCAAAAGUCCUGCGAGUACCAGGUCCAUCCUCGGGAGGCAGGGCCUGGAGCAGCUCCUAAGAAUGAGGCAGCACCCCCACAGCAGGCACAGUAG